AUGCCUUCAAACAUAUUUGGAGCUAACCUUAGCAUACCAAUUUACUUCUUGUUGUUGUUGGAUGGUAUUUAUAUUAAAGCAGCUCUCAGCGAAGAAGAAGAUCCCAAAACCCUACCGUCUGUAAUCAUGUCGAGGAGAAAGACGAGAGAACCCAAGGAGGAAAAUGUGACGCUGGGACCAGCUGUCCGUGAUGGGGAGCAAGUUUUUGGAGUUGUUCACAUCUUUGCUUCCUUCAAUGACACAUUCAUCCAUGUGACUGAUCUCUCUGGAAGAGAAACUCUCGUUCGUAUCACCGGUGGAAUGAAAGUAAAGGCUGAUCGUGACGAGUCCUCUCCUUAUGCUGCUAUGCUUGCAGCUCAAGAUGUCGCCCAAAGAUGCAAGGAGCUUGGGAUCACAGCCAUGCAUGUGAAGCUCCGUGCCACUGGAGGAAACAAGACCAAGACUCCAGGCCCUGGUGCUCAGUCUGCUCUCAGAGCUCUUGCUCGUUCAGGCAUGAAGAUUGGUCGCAUUGAGGAUGUGACACCAAUUCCAACCGAUAGUACCCGUAGAAAGGGAGGUAGAAGAGGAAGGCGUCUAUGA